CAACAAGAAGUACAUUUGUUAGCAAGAUUAGCACAAGUCUGGUUCAACGUCGCUGCUCUUCAAAUAUGCCUGCAACAAAGUGAUUCAUAUCCAAAAAGUUGGGAAAAACAGCCAUUCGUGUUAAGAGCAGUGUAGUGUGAUGCUGCUGAGUUUACAUUCAGACUCCGACGUUGGCAAUGCAGUGAUAAAAGCUACAUGUUAACGUUACCCUCACCAAAGGAUUUGCCCUUUCGGCAGCAGCUGGCACUGGCGAUUAAUUUACAGCAGAACCGGUGAGAAGAACCGCUGGCUCUUCUCAGGCUGACUCAAACCUCUUUCCAAACAUGUCGUGGUUCAGUCAUGUUAGUCAAAGCUCAGGGCAGCAGCAGCAGCCCAAUGACACUCACAGACUUUCAUCCACUGACUUGUGUAGCCCUCACCACUCCAGUCUCAGGGGUCCCACACAGGGAUUAUCCACCAUGGCAUCCCAAAACUGGACCGGCUUCUCCUCUCCCAGCAUGGACGUGUUUCCAUCAGUCCCGCGGGGCGUCACCUGCCCCCCGAGCCUAGAGAACCUGUCCUGUGCUUCUCCCAGUGCAGGCCAUGCUAGUGACCUGGAGCCCAUCUCAUAUGUGACCCUUCAGGAACAGAGGUGCGUCCUGAGCUGGUUCCAGGGCUGGACCCCCACACAGAGGGAGAGGUUUCUGCAGGACCUGCUGGGAAAAGCUGUUCCUGGGAAAGUCUGCACCCUGCUAGAUUCUCUCAGUACUCUUCAGGUUAAAGACAGACUACCAAACAUCUAUGAAUGCCAGCUGCGCCUGUGGACCCAGUGGUUUGACUCUUGGGGAGAAGAGGAGAGGAAUCAUUUCCUGCACAUACUGGAAGAGCGGGAUCCAACAUUUGUAGCACACUUCUACAAGAGUGUAGCGGGUACAGCAGGAAGAGACUGAGCAAUACUUGUGAUAGAGAAGCAGAUGUGAUAACAAAUGUGUUUAAAAGCAACUUGAAGAGAAAUGUGUAUUAUAUCCAAGAUAGUUCCUCUUCUGGUUGAGUGAAAUAUGUCUAACUGCGAUGGGA